AUGGCAGCAAAGAAGCCCACGAAUUGGUGGCUGUGGACUAAGUGCCUCCUCGGUGGCGCUGCUGUCGCAGUCGGCGGACCGGCAUUCACCAUGUGGCUGACCCCAACUGAGGAGGAAUUGCGAUCGAAGUACAAUCCGGAGCUCCGAAAGAAGAGCUUGGAGAACGUGGAGGAGAAGCAGCAGGAGUUUGACGAUUUCGUGAUGAAAUUGAAAGAAUACUCCAAGUCGGACAAGCCGAUCUGGAUUGUUGUUAAGGAAGAAGAGGAGCGAAGGCGGAAGGCCGAGCUCGCGGCUGUCAAAGCAUCGAAGAAGGAGACGAACGCUCGACGAGAGGAGAUGCGACGUGAGGCUGGCCUGGAAGCCAAAUGA